AUGGAGAAUGGUUUAAAGUCAAGUUUGGUUGGUUGUUUUUUUUUUUCCUUUGAAAAACAGGUGCUGCUUUCAUGUUCCCAUGUAUUCCAUAAAUCAUGCCUGAAAGCCUUUGAGAAAUUUACAGGGAAAAAAUCUUGUCCUAUGUGUAGAAAAGAGCAGUAUCAGACCAGAGUAAUACAUGAUGGGGCACGCUUGUUUAAAGUAAAGUGCGCUAUUAGAAUUCAAGCUUCCUGGAGGGGCUAUAUUGUUAGAAAAUGGUAUAAAAACUUGAGAAGAACAGUGCCUCCUAAAGAUAGCAAAUUAAGGAAGCAAUUCUUUGAGAAAAAGGUUCAACAGAUCAGCAGUCGACUGUUGAGCUCUUACGACAUCAACCUAGAUGAAUUUUUUUCUGAGAUAGAUUCUUCUCUAGCUGCAAGUCGAGAUGUGUUUCAGCAGUUGGAAGGAAAAGAAAUAUUACUAAGUGAAACUGACUGGGAGAAGAUCCAGAUACAGGCAUUUCGGCAAGAGAUAUGUGACUGUCCUAUCUGUAUCGUGCCUCUCAGUCCUGCAGUGCAUCCUGUCUGUCUCUCUCCUGGAAACGGCAACGACUUGUCACGGCAGACUGUUCUGCUUUCUUGUUCGCAUUUGUUUCAUCAUACUUGUCUUGAAGCAUUUGAAGAAUUUUCCUUGGGAGAGCAACAUAUUUGUCCUUUGUGUUGCUCGUAUUAUCGAAAGAAGAUCCUUAAAUGGGGAUAA